UUUUGCAUCUCCGAACUCCUUCUCCAUUUCAGGAUAUCCAUUUACGUGGUGCGUCGUUUAAGGAUCGGCACUUUACUAGCUCAAGUUAACGGCUACCCCUUCCCCCAUCCGAGUCUCUCUAUGCCUCUUCCUCCACUUUCUCUCCAUUCCCACCUCAUAACAAACCCUAGAAAAGAGUGAAAACAUUAAAACUUAAAAGACAGUUUCAAAAAAGAAGAAAAAAUAAAAUUUCAACUAAAUGGAUUCUGUAACAUCAGCAACAACAGCUUCUUCUCGUUUCUUCAGACUCCCAAAUCCUAACCUGAAAUCUGCUCCUCUUUUUAAAAGAACUUUCCUCAACAUGCUAAAAUGCGCUCACAACCCUAACCCUAGCCCAUGGUCUUCCCUCAAGUCAAGCCACCGAAGUCCUAGCUCCUCCAUUUCCCACUCCGCCGCCACCGAAACCCCGUCGGAUGUCUCCGAAGUCCCUUCCUUGAAACUCCAGCAUCUCGUCUCCGAAUUCCAGUCCCUCUCCGAACCCCUUGACCGUGUCAAGCGCCUCCUUGACUAUGCUACCUUGCUCCCACCCUUCUCCGAUGCUGACCGCAUCCCGUCCAACCGCGUCAUGGGCUGCACCGCCCAGGUCUGGCUCUCGGUACACAUGGACACCAGUGGCCGGAUGCGCUUCUCGGCUGACAGUGAUUCAGAGAUCACCAAAGGGUUCUGCUCCUGCCUGGUUUGGGUUCUGGAUGGGGCGAGCCCAGAGGAGGUGUUGGGGUUGAGGACAGAGGAUUUGGGGGAACUGAAUGUCGGAUUGCCAGGACGAGCGCACUCCAGGGUGAAUACGUGGCACAAUGUUUUAAUUAGUAUGCAGAAAAGGACGAAAGCGAUAAUAGCGGAGAGGGAGGGUAAGCAGCCUUUGGAGCCAUUCCCGUCAUUGAUUAUCACUGCUGAUGAAAUUCAUGCCAAGGGGAGCUAUGCCGAAGCUCAGGCAAAGUUUUUGUUCCCUGAUGAGUUAAAGGUUAAAGAACUCGUCAAUUUGCUUAAGGAGAAGAGAAUUGGCAUUGUUGCACAUUUUUAUAUGGACCCAGAGGUCCAAGGUGUCUUAACUGCUGCAAAGAAGCAGUGGCCUCACAUCUAUAUAUCUGAUUCCUUGAUUAUGGCUGAUAUGGCUGUCAAGAUGGCAGAAGCUGGAUGUCAAUAUAUCACAGUUCUUGGCGUAGAUUUCAUGUCAGAAAAUGUGCGUGCAAUUCUUGAUCAGGCUGGCUUUGAAAAGGUUGGUGUGUACAGGAUGUCAAAUGAACGGAUAGGUUGCUCUUUGGCAGAUGCUGCUGCCAGUCCCACAUAUAUGAAUUUUCUUGAGGCGGCUUCAAUAUCACCUCCUUCUUUGCAUGUAAUCUACAUAAACACUUCCCUGGAGACAAAAGCUCAGGCUCACGAACUUGUGCCAACAAUUACUUGCACUUCUUCUAAUGUUGUACCGACUGUGUUACAGGCAUUUGCCGAGAUACCUGAUUUAAAUAUCUGGUAUGGUCCUGAUUCUUAUAUGGGUGCAAAUAUCGCGGAGUUGUUUCGCCAAAUGGCCAGUAUGUCAAAUGAAGAGAUUGCAGCAGUUCAUCCAAGACAUGAUAGGAAAUCAAUUAAAUCGUUGUUACCCCGCAUGCACUACUAUCAGGAUGGAACUUGCAUUGUACAUGACCUUUUUGGACAUGAAGUAGUGAAGAAGAUACAUGAAAUGUAUUGUGAUGCAUUCCUAACAGCUCAUUUUGAAGUCCCAGGAGAAAUGUUCUCCUUGGCAAUGGAAGCAAAGCGAAGAGGAAUGGGUGUCGUGGGUUCCACGUCAAACAUAUUGGAUUUCAUCAAACAAAAGGUGCAGGAGGCUUUGGACAGAAAUCUCGAUGACCACCUUCAGUUUGUCUUAGGAACAGAGUCAGGGAUGGUGACUUCAAUUGUUGCAGCAGUACGUGGAAUAUUACACAGUGGUGAGUCCUCUACUAGAAGAGGAAAAGUCAACAUUGAAAUCGUAUUUCCAGUCUCGUCAGAUUCAUUGUCAAGGUCGUCUUGCAAGUCUUCAGACAACAUGAAUUCUAUUGAAGAAAGCAAUUCCAAUGAACUUACUGUUGUUCCUGGAGUGGCAACUGGUGAAGGAUGCUCAAUUCAUGGAGGCUGUGCUUCCUGUCCGUACAUGAAGAUGAAUUCGCUUAGCUCACUCCUCAGAGUUUGCCACCAACUCCCUGACAACGAAAACAUCCUUGCCAACUACAAAGCAAACAAAUUUAAUGCAUGGACCCCACGUGGGAAGCCAGUCGCUGAUAUUGGAUGUGAACCCAUUUUACACAUGAGGCACUUCCAGGCAACAGGAAAUUUGCCAGAGAAGCUUGUAACUCAGAUCCUUCAUUGACCCAGCAAGGGGAAACUGCUGUCUUAACAAGCAAACCAACCUGAGAAACCUGAGCAAAUUACUUGGUACUCAUCAGCAAAGCUGCAAAGGAAAAAUAACGAAAUUUUGUUGUCUGGACCCAUUUGGUUUUCUGCUUGUUACAUUUUCUUUCUCAAAUAAUAAAAUAUUUAGUAAGAAUGAAAUAAGAUUCCCAUUCAUUAUUAAAA